AUGCUUCGCUACGAUCCCUACAGGUUGAAAUAAGUGUCUGACGAAAAUCUUGAAAAAUGUUCUGAUUAUUUUCAGGUCCCGUGACUUUAGAAAAUGCUGUCUGAGGCGAUUUGAAAAAAAAGCAAAACUUUUUUGCUUUGUUUUUCAUUCGAAAAAUUCGAUCUUCCAUUAAGAUUUAAAUAAAGUUUAAAAUUGCGAAAAUGAAAAAAAGCUAAUGUGAAAAAAACCUGAUUUUUAUGAUCUUAAAAAAAAAUCAAAAAUUUUUGUUAAAAAGCGCAAAAACUGAAAAAAAUAUGUUUAGAUUAAGCGUGUCUCUUUUUCGCAGAAUUUUUCGUCAGAUGCUUGUGAUAGUGAAUCUGAAUUUUUAACCACUUGUCUAGGGUCGCUUUCGAGGACGUUGGCGGCGUUGAACUGCUGAUGGGAGCUCUCAAGAAAAAGAUCAACUUUCAGCUGCAAUAUCAGAUCAUUUUCGCCGUUUGGUGCAUGGCGUUCAAUCCACAGAUCGCCGAGAGAUGCACUUCUUGCGGUCUGAUUCAGACUCUCGGCGAUAUUCUGCUCCAUUCCACAACAGAAAAGGUUUUUUUUUGAUGUCGAUUUGAUGGGCCUGUCUGGAAGCUCAUAUUUUCAUUCGAGAAACUCAUUAGGGUUUCUUGUACCUUUGGUGCUUAAAGUUUUUCCAUUCUUCAAAAAAAAAUCCCCUAAGAAUAUUCAUCUGUUUCAUUUCAAAGUUCGAAGCCUCGAUUUAUUAUUUUUUUCAGUAAAUAUUCUCUUUUACUUUUUCUCCUCACUUUUCCAUCUACUCAAGCACUUUUCCAGGUUAUCCGAAUCAUCCUGGCGACCUUUGUCAAUAUUUUGGGCAAAUUGGAAGGAGAAGAGAAGGCGGAAGCCGCUCGCCAAAUGUUCCAUUCCAAAAUCAACCGCUCUCUUCAGUUUGUUUCUGCCAAGCAAUACGAAGAUCCGGACAUCCAAGUACUGUUUUUUGCGAGUUCUGUUUUAGACUUCUCAUCAUUCAGGACGACGUCAGGAUGCUCACUACUGAGCUUUCUAACUGUGUGGUUUGA